AUGACAGAUCCGGUUCCAAAGGCUUUGGACUUCAAUGUUCUCCUCGGAGAGAUAGAGUCUGGUAGCAGUGGAUCUAUAGCUAAUGUGAUACGGAAACUACGUGAACAUGAGGUGGCUGCCUACAACGCGGGUGUCGGUGGUCCAACCGGAGAGCUCGUAGCUACAUUCAUCUCAGCGCUGGAUGCGCGCGCAAAUGAACGUAAUGUGGAAAUCGAGAAAACAUGUGCGUAUCACUAUCAAAGUUUUGUUGAAGCAACACGCGAACUUCUGCGUAUACAAAAUGAUGCGAACAUUAUGCAAAACAAUAUCAGUGCACUGAAUAGUAAAAUGGAGUCUGCCGCGGAACAGUUCAAUAAAUCCUGUACGGAAUUGGCUAACUGCAAACUCACAGUGGAACAUAUUGACCAAUGCAUUCAAGCGUUGCAACGCACACUUCCCAUUCUGGAUCACUACUCACGUGUGGAACAGAGUAUCCGUGAAGGUCGAUUCUAUCACGCUUUGCGCACUCUGGAGGAUCUGGAACACCAGCACUUGGAUGAUAUCAGACCGUUUGCUUUUUCCGAGAUCAUGAUACAUCGCAUUCCGAAAAUGCGGGCUGAAAUCAAAAAUUCCAGUCUUGCUGAGCUAACUGAUUUCCUCGAACGCAUCCGUAAACAUUCCGUUCGACUGGGUGCAGUUGCAAUGCAUGAAACGGCACAGGCUACCGGGAUGGAAAGUGAAGAGCUUGUUGGUUCGGUGGCUGCCAAAUUGAAUGGUCUCUCUCCUGGCUCCGAGUCUUCCACAAUAAGCGCUAGCCCCAAAUCCCAGAGUGUGGACAAAUCCAAGUUUUCGGAGGCAAACGGUCACUCUUCUACCAAAUUGGCCGAACUUGAUACCGAACUGGAUGAAUUGAUUUCCNUUUCCGUGGCCGCGGGACAGGGAGAUCGUGAACCGCGUCCCGCGAACAAGUUGCCCCCAGGUGAACAGAAUCAAGCCCGGCUACGAACGGAGGAUCUGGUGGAUUUCGGUCCCGUCUAUCGAUGCUUGCAUAUACAUUCUGUCCUAAACGAAAGGGCCGAAUUCGAGCGACACUACUGCGCGCAACGUCGCAAACAGUGUCAGCUCAGUUUGAGUUUAACUCCAAAUCAACAGGUGAGUCCGGGCCAACGGGAUCUGAUUUUUCGUCAGACCAAUCAAAUUUAG